UCGGCCAAUAGAAAGUGACAGCGCGUUAUGGGCGCGUGGGGAGAGAGGGGGGGGGUGAAGUCCACCACGCCCCCCACCGCGAGGUUAAUUCAUUCAUAAAAGCACGUGGUCACACCCAGGGUGGACGCCCUUGUUAUAACUGCAUGUUGUGUUGUGAGGAUUCCCGCUGGCCUUUUAAUGCGGUGACAUCAUGUUGAGAUUACAGUACGGCGUUCGGUUGGGUGGGUUGUUCGCUGUGGUGGUAGUAAAUGAGACGGCCGAGUGAUCAUUGAGUCACACGGACUGUCGGCGAGGUCUAUUCCUUUCGCCUUUUGACAAGUGGGUUUUUGUUUGUAAUUAAUUGUGGGUGUCGGGGAGCAUUGGCAUUGGAGACGGGGCCUUUUACGUAGAGGAGUCAUCCAUUCGCAGAAUUUUACACCGUCGAAGUCCAAGCGACGGACCCCGUGCCGUGCAGGUGUACUUAAAAUUUGGAAAUCUGGAGAUACACCCAAGAUCUCAAGACGAGCCCAGUGACGACCCAUCUUGAACAGACAACAUUUAUGCAGACAAUGUCGCAAGAAGAGAACAAGAUGGAUGGCGUGGACAACAACACUGCUGCUCCCAAGGAGAGUCCGGUUGAGCAAAGUGCUGGUGGGGAGGAGGAGUGCUUGAAGGUCCGCUUUGCGGUGCUGAGUGGAGAACAUGUGCAGCAUGUGCAGCGGGCGGCCGAUUCGGUGCUGACACUCACAAAUUACCGCCUCCACAUCGUCCGUGGCCGUCACUCCACCAACAUUCCAUUGCGAUUAAUUGACAGUGUGGAGAGCCGAGACAUGUUUCAGUUGCAGAUCACCUGCAAGGAUGGCCGUGUUUACAUGUGCAGCUUGCAGACAUUUGAGGAGUGUCAGAGUUUGUGCAAGCGGCUGUCCAAUAUGGCACUGCUGCCACCUGGCUUAGAUGGCCUCUUUGCAUUUGCUCACCACGCCACGUGUCAGGACGGGGGUUCAGGUGAUGGGCAGGCCACGCUGUGUCAGCCCGGCGAACACAUUGUGGAAAGGUUUCAGAAUGAGGUGGAGCGAAUGGGCUACGACCUUGAAAAUGCUUGGAGGACAAGCGAGGUGAACACCAGCUACCGUCUGUGCGCUAGCUACCCCCAGCAGCUUCUUGUGCCCGCCUGGAUCACUGACAAGGAGCUGGAGAGAGUGGCCUCCUUCCGCUCGGGCAAGCGAAUCCCUGUAGUCGUCUACCGGCAUCAGCACAAUGGGGCUGUGAUAGCACGCAGUAGCCAGCCAGAGGUGAGCUGGUGGGGCUGGCGGAGCCCAGAGGAUGAGCACCUCAUCCAGUCAAUGGCACGCGCAUGCGCCCUUAAUAAAUGGGAGCCAGGGGGCGGUGGCACUGGCAGCAAUGGCUAUGGCGCUGAAUUCAGCUCUCUUCAGAGUGAAUAUGAAACAUCCCAGGUGCCAGCCGCCCAGUCGCUGCUCAUCAUGGAUGCCCGCUCCUACCCAGCGGCCGUGGCCAACAGAGCCAAGGGGGGUGGCUGCGAGUGCCCAGAGUACUACCCAAACUGCGAAAUUACUUUCAUGUCCAUGGCGAACAUCCACUACAUUCGCAAGAGCUUUCAGAGCCUACGCACCCUCUGUUCCCAACCGCCAGAUCCCAACAGCUGGCUGUCGGCCCUGGAGAACACACGCUGGCUUCAGCACCUGUCCCUGCUGCUCAAGGCUGGCUGUGCUGUAGCUGGCGCGGUGGCCGGGGAGGGACGUCCCGUGCUUGUUCACUGCUCCGAUGGCUGGGACCGUACUCCGCAGAUUGUGGCACUGGCCAAGUUACUUCUUGAUCCCUACUACCGUACUAUCCAGGGGUUUCAAGUGCUGGUGGAGAUGGAGUGGUUGGACUUCGGGCACAAGUUUGCGGACCGAUGUGGGCACGGAGAUGGCUCCGAGGAUGCCAGCGAGCGCUGCCCCGUCUUUUUGCAGUGGCUCGACUGCGUUCACCAGCUGCAGCGCCAGUUCCCAUGCUCCUUUGAGUUUAACGAGGCUUUCCUUGUGAAGCUGGUGCAGCACACGUAUUCGUGCCUCUAUGGCACGUUUCUGUGUAACAGCACACGCGAGCGAGCAGAGCGCAGCAUAGCCAACCGCUGCUGCUCCGUGUGGUUGCUCCUGCGGCCUGCUAACAAGGCAUUCACGAACUUGCUGUACACCCCGGGCUCUGACACGGUGCUGCGGCCUGUCUACCAUGUGCGGAGUCUGCUGCUGUGGUCAGGAGUGUACCUCCCAGAGCCCUUUUCUGCCGGGCCUCCUCCACGAGACCUUCCACCGGCGCCCCCUCCCACCUUCCCACUACCGAACCCCAAAGCUGAAGAGGGGCCGCACCCGAGGUUGUCCAAGACGCGCUCGUUUGAGGACCUGCCAUCAGCGACCGAGGGGGUGGCUCAGGCGGGUGGCCCAGGUGGGGGGCGACGCCUCAGCGACCCGAGCCUGCAGGGCCUGGGCCUGCGCAUCGACCGGCGCGGCUCCAUGGAAAUCAUCAGCUGCGUGUCGGACACCCCAACCGAAGAUGGCCUCCUGGCGCAAAGUGAAACGUUCACAUGCGCCCCCUCGCGCGACUCGGGCCUCGAGGCCUCGGACCCUGACUGCGCGCCAAUAUGCAGCGGUCACGAGGUGGACCACCAUAGGAGAGAGCGCAUGGCCGCCUCAGAUAUGCACGACCACAAGCCCUUGGUGAACAAGGUUGGAUUUGAACUGGAUGUAGUGGCAAAGGCUGAUAGCUCUUUGGGAAACACGUGUUGGUGUGAUUCUGGUGUUUCUUUGCAACCGGCAAUGGGACACAAUAUGCACGGUAAAGUGAGAAAGCAAGCUUCACAAUGUGUUCAGUCUCUUAACAGGAUCAAUGUCCCACAUGAGUUGCUUGGAGAGUUUUCUGCAGAGCAAGCUUCUGAAAAGCUCGACUCCGCACAGACUGUUAUACACAGUGCUUCAUCUCCUGCUGUGAUCACGUGGAGCUCUGAGACCUGUGAUGCAGGAACAAGCCACCCACCAGACAAAAAUGGUGAUGAUGACCUCGCUUGGGUCGACGCUGACAUGGUAAAUAGCACUGUCAACUACCGCAAAGAGAAGAAUCUUUCUGGAAUGAGUAAUGGGCACUGUGAGAAUGUCAAUGGUAAUUCAGAUUCUGUGUCCGCUGAAAAUUCUCCAGUUCAGCCCUCUGCCUCUCAGGCUGUGGAACAAGGCAUGGUGCAAGAAAGGAAGUCCGUCAUGGAGAGCUCAACUGAGACCAUCACAGAUGAAGUACAGACAGAACAAGAACUGAGCAGUGAUAACAUCUGCGGUCAGAACCGCCAGGGAGUGGUCAUAACCCGAGAUAUUCGCAGUGCACAGGUCUGCUGUCUGAUGCACAAGUUAAAGUCUGUCGAUCUGGAUGCAAAGGAGAAUGUAAGGUCCUGCAAAGGCGUUAAGUCCAAUGGGUUGAGAAGUGUAGAAAGACGAAAAGCCUGCCUAGCUUUGGGUACAGCUGGCAGCAUGAGCAAGUCUUGUAUUAAUGGGGAGCAUAAGCAAAAGCGAGGGCGGAGGCGAAAUAACUGUGGAGCUUGCAAAGGAAAGUUUGCUCUUGACCGGGCACACAGAGCAACUGAGCAGCCCAGAAGAUGCAGGGCUGGAAAGCAGUGUACUAAUUGCAGUUUGACAGAAACUCAAGGUCUAGAGCAAAGUAAACAAGGCAUUGAGAAAGACAUUGGUACGACAGUUGCUGUUGACAUGGUGCCGUUAUCCUGUGGAAGGCAUUUGGCAGAUCUUAAAAGGAAUCAUGUACGUUCCAAGCCCAACGAUUGUUCAGGAAUGUAUCCUCAGGCUAGCAGCUCUGUAGGAUCAGGGCUGACUCAAUGUAGCAAUAGACAGAACCAAGGAUAUGCGGACUCGGGUUGGCCUCUAACAAAUGGUGAUGCAGAGCAGGAAAAGUGUACUGCAUCCAUUGACAUGAAAAAUACAAAUUGCGAAUCGACCAUUCCUAUUAACAGUGGACAUCAUCAGUGCACGCAUCAUAAAAUUGGUAGCAGGUGUGUUUCUGUCAACAGUAGCAUUGGGAAUGACUGGAUACAACUUGCGGACUAUGUGCCUCACAUGGGCACAGACAGAAGACACUCCAAUGGCGUGUGCCACCCUUCAGCUUGCAGCUCCAUUAACUCUGCCUCUGAAAAUUUCGUGCACUGCGGUUGCUCCGCUCGGCAAGGUGGAGCGUUAGAAAAAAAUGCUGCGCACCCAGUCCAGUAUUGUGAUAAUGUCACGCGCUGGUCCAGAGCAUCUUCAACAAUGGCAGCAAUGACGACGGUGGUUGCAUCGGCCACGGCCACUGAAUCUUGGCCUGGAGAAGAGAAGCAGGAGGCUGAAGGAGACGAGGAAGGCGAAGGAGAUCCAGAUGGCUUGCCCUGCGCACCAGACCCCGUGCAGCGCCGAUUGCUCCAGAUGGACGCUCAGCACCGCAGAGAAACGCUGCUACUUCGCCGUGCUCUGCAAGAGCUUCGGGCUCAGCUCAGCGGAAGGCAGCGGCAGCAGCAUCUGCAGGCGGAGCGGCCAAAGCUGGACAUGUCUGGUGGGCCGAACAGGAGGCAACCCGAGUGCCCUGAGGAGUUGUCUACGAUUUCGGACCUGGACAGUGAGGUGGAGUCAGGUCCGCUGUCUCAGUGCAGUACUGGGAUGGUGUCGGAGACCAGUUGGGAGCACAUCGACACGCAGGAUGGACAUCAGAUGGCAAAGCUGGUGCCAUCCCAAUGUUACAGCUGCGAGGGGCCCGUCUGGCUUCAAAGCACGGAACACUACUGCAGGUGUGCAUUGCCUUUGCAUUGCAUUGGUCAUUGCUUUGUCACGUGCUGGAUGAGGACCUGUCUGCCCAGUCCUGGAGCUGUGGUAAGGUUUUUUGUGCGAGCUGUUGCGACGGUCGAAUGUCCCCGCCGAGCAAGAAGCCCCUGGACGUGUGCGGGACGUGCCGCGAUGGCGUGCGGAAAGACGGAGCUCGCGUCAACGAGUUUGAGACGCCUCAGACCGCCGCCUCCUCCAGCUGAACACGUGUAAACUCUUUUGAGUGCACACCUUGCACAUUUUAAUAUUGCCAAUAAAGUAAUUGCAUUUAAACUUGUAAUAUCUGUAGGACUAAUGAUAAACGUUGUUUAUAAUAAAUGCAUAUUUGCUCCAGCUAAACACGUUUGCUGUUCUGCUUAUUUAACUUUAAAGUGGCGCCUAAUGGCACUUGCAAAGAAAUAGCCGACUGUGCUUUUUUGUAACAGAAGCAGGGUGUUAUUCCUCAGGCUCUGGUGAGCUUAGCAGUUUUGGAAAGAACUAUCUCUAUUAUGAUUGUCCUACUAAGUGUCCACAUUGCAGCUGCCUUGCAAAUGCGCACAUAAAACUUUACAUGUAAACUUCGAGUUUGGCCUCUCCAGAGCUACAACAAUUCCCAUAUUCUAUCUAAAAAUAAAUGUAACUUUUAGGGAUGAAGAAAUUGGUGUGGGUUAAAGAUUAAAAGCUACUGUAAUAAGGGUACGUCUAUUGUCAUGGGAAUAUACUUUAAAAUGCCAUCGGUAAAUGAUGGGAGAAUGGCAAGAGUGUCUGAGCAAGUGGUCCGUGACCUGAAAAGAGCAAGGUUGGGGUGUAUUGUUUGUGCAGAGUAUGUGACAUUUGUUUCCGGCCUGAGGAUUAGGAAUAACAGAGUUUGCGUACUCUUGCUUCGUACCUCCAGCACUCAUGCUGAGAGAGAAGGCCUCUGUACAGCCUCACACUCUUUGUUUGUAAGGUGUCAUUAAACAAAAACUUGUGCAUCCAGCCUUAGAAACACAAGCGCAGAAUGUUUUUUUGUAAAUGGUGAAAAUGUUUGAGUAAACGCUAAAAACCUCAGUUGUACAGUGUGGAUAUGAUGGCAGCAUAUUGUGUCACAUUUGCUUAUUCCUAGUCCUGGGUAAUACUGUGCACCAAAUAGAUUUUGACUUGAACGAAAGAAAUGUAAAUGCUGUAUAUGUGGCACCUAUGAGGAGAAAGAAGGGGUGGGCGGGGGAAGUGGUCAGUGCCGAUUGUGAUAAAUUGUACAGAACUGCAUGUUGUGGAAUUGGCAAGCGCACCAAGAAUUGGAACAAAAAUUCAAAUUUGUAGUUGACAAUGCAUUGAACAUCGUAGUUUGCACAUACGUAAGGCCUUAUUUUCAUUGGCUUAAAAUGCUUAUAAUUUAUUUGACCUUUUGUUUACAAUUUAGUGAUAUUGCAAUGCUUCAUUAUAAAAACUGUAGUGAAAUUAAUAGUUGUAUGUGGUUUCUGAACAAUGCAAACAUUUGCUGUAUUCAUUUUUAUUGACUGUUUAUUAUUGCUGCACGUUAGAACAAUCCUGAAACCACCCAAUAGAUACAUAGGCUAUCCAGGGGAUCUAAUUAGAGUUAACCUUAAAAUAAAUCAUAUUUCGUAAGGAACUUUUUUUUCCCAUUUACAUAUAAGUUAUGUAGUUGCAUUCUGCAAUUGAGGUACAUACUGCGUUAAUGGAAUUUAUUAUAAACAAUUGGUAAAACGAUUCUAUCCGAAAAUAUAUUUAAUGUUACAAUUCAUAUUGGCCUAUGUUGGGUAUAAAGUUAAUACGUAUAUUUGGAUUUACAAUUUUUUGUAAAUGCUCGCUUAAAGCUUUUUAUCUUUUACAAUAAAACGCGUACCUAUGGUUGCAUUUGUUAAGGUGUACUUAGUCUCAUAUUUCAUCGUUUUUAUUGACAGUCUUCCCAUAUGUGGCAGAAUGCAGUGUUGCUGCACCAAAAUAUAUUUACCCAGGCAACAUUCCAGUUUAAAAUUGGGUUCUGUAUCAAAUGAAACACUCCCAGAGGUUGGCCCAACCUGAAAUGAGCACCUGUGUUGAUGAAUUUUAAGCAAUGUGGUGUGAACGACCCUUGCUGACCACUGGAAUAAGUGCAAGCUACUGGCACAUGUUCCGAUUCUUUAACAGUAAUUCAGAUUAUGGUAAUAGCAUUAUUAACUAACGUAGAUAGAUUUUCUCUUUGUUUUCUCUCCUUUAAUCUGAACCAAUUUCUGUGCCACUAAUGGCAGUAUUCAACCCAUUUUAAUAAAACGGUAUCUUUGGUUGUAAUAUGCAACUCAUUGCCAGACUGGUUGAAUGAAGUAUGUGCACCUGUUUAACUUCUAUGUAAAUUACUAUCCUCGUAUUACUCAUGAGCGCUCUUAGAUUCCAGUCGAGUACAAUUUCAGUUAUGAUUUGUGUAGCAAGUUCCUAUUUAUUCAUUUUUAAUAUUCGCUUAAUCAGUAAAUGUGUUAUUCGAUAACAAAAUUUUUUGCUAUACUCGGAGAUGAUUUGGUUAUAACCUAGUCUAGCCAGUAUCACAUACUGCGUAUUGCAUUUCCAGUGCAUGUAAUGUCAAGACCGCAAGGUUGGCUCUGCACCCACAUUCUAUUAUUUUAAAUUAAAUUUACUGUCGCUCACAAUUGAAAAUAGUUUUUUUCCUUGCUAAAUUAAAAUAAGUAACUGAAUGAUAAAAGUAAAUAUUUACACUGGAAAUUCUAGAACUUUAGUAUUAAAAGAAUGUUAAUUGCAAUUGAAUGUGCUGUACAAGUUUAAAUACUUUAACUCUAGCUAAUGGUAAAUUAGGUCUGCUGGCAAACAACAGUUUAGUUUGUCCUAUUUGCAUUUUCGUUUGUAAUCAGUUGGAUUCUGCUGUAUACAACAUUUCUCCACAAUUCAUAAAGUACAUGGGUUGAUGAUUUGCUGCCGAAAAUGUAGGUACAUGAUACAUUCUGUAUCCAUAAACAAUUUUUAAAAACAAAUUUAAGCAUACAAAUAAAGUAAUAAAAUGCAGCAGCGAAUCUUAAAUGCCUUGGUAAAAUAUACUUUACAUGCAUUUACACUUUCUGAAUGUUCUCUUGUGUUUUUUUUUGUCCCAGUGCUUUGGACACAUACUCUGUUAAUGGUAAAUAGUUUCCUGUCUUCAGUAUGGAGAAAUGUGUCUUCUUUGUUUUAAAAAGACGAAAAAAAUUACACGAUAUGAAAUAAAGCCUGUAUAUUUUGAUCCUUAGCCAUGCCCCAGGCUGGUGUGUAAGAGAAUGUGAAAUAUGAAUUUUGUUUUGUAAUUUGUGAUUUCAGUUUGAAACAGAGUCGGUGCUCUUGUUUUGAUGCUUUGGAAGUGGCUGCUAUGUAAAAAUAAACACAAACAGGAAAAAAAGGCUAACAAUUGGAAUUGAAGGUUUUGUACUACUAAAUAAAAAAGGAAUAAAACAUCACUUUGCA